AUGGCUACAGAUACCCCAGCACUCGUCUUGCACGGCGCAAAAGAUCUUCGACUUGGAUCUAAACCAGUCUCCCUUCCUACCGGUGCAGAUGUCCAAGUUGCUGUCCGUGCCACUGGCCUCUGCGGUUCCGACCUCCACUACUACAGCCAUGGCCGCAAUGGUGACUUUGUCGUCCGCGAGCCCAUGUGCCUGGGCCAUGAAUCCUCUGGCACCGUCACCGCUGUCGGCCCUGAAGUGACCACCCUGCAGGUCGGGGAUCGCGUCGCUCUCGAAGUCGGUCUUUCUUGCCGCAAGUGCGUCCUCUGCAAACAGGGUCGCUACAACAUCUGCCCGGAGAUGAAAUUCCGCAGCAGCGCCAAAAUCUUCCCCCACCUCGACGGCACCCUCAUGGGUCGUACCAACCACCCGGCGGACAUGUGCCAUAAGCUGCCGGACUCGGUAACAUACGCUGGCGGCGCCCUGGUCGAGCCACUCGCCGUCUGUCUACAUGGUAUUCGCCGCUCACACCCUCCUACCAAGGAAGAAGUGCAGCUGGCCGAAUCGCUGGGCGAACAGUCCGCCGCUUUGGUCUUCGGUGCUGGCGCCGUUGGCCUUCUCCUUGCCGCUUCCCUGGCGACCUCGGAGAACUUCUCCUCAAUCGUCGUAGCAGAUAUUGACCAAUCGCGUCUCGAAAUCGCUAAAUCCCUCAACCUGGGCUUCAAGACCGCCCUUAUCCCCAAGUCCAACCCGUCCAACCCUCCCCCUCCCCCUACCGCUCCUCAAGCCGACCACAUCGCCUACGCGCUGAACAACGCCCAGAACGUCGCUAGCGUCUUGAAGGAGACGGCCGGUGCCGCGAACGGUUUCACUCGCGUCUACGACUGUACCGGUGUCCCGGCCUGCGUGCAGGCUGGUAUUUACGCCUCCGCCGCCGGAGGUGUUCUGGUGCAGAUCGGCAUGGGAAACCCAGUCCAGAGUCUCCCCGUCGGAGCCGCUGCUCUCCGUGAGGUCGACAUCAUCGGUGUCUUCCGAUACGAUGGAUACGCAUACCCCGCUGCUAUCAACUUGAUGGCGAGCGGCAAGUUCAACCGUGUCGAAGAGCAGGUCAUUACUCACCGGGUGAAGCUCGAAGAGGGUGACCGGGCCUUCGCAUUGGCUGGAAAGGGAGUUGACGAGACUGGAAGACCAGUUGUGAAGGUCGUCAUUGAGAGCGAAACAUGA